AUGCAGCGUACCUCGUCCACCACGUUCAUCAGCUUUCCACUGGCAAAGUACUCUCGGGCUACAGAUGUUCCUCCAGGCGUCACUGAAUUCACCUGGAGUCAUGCUACCUCCGAUCUAUACAUUGUUAUCGACACUUUCAGAGCUGCAAAUAACAACAUGGGUCAGCCCUCUCAGCAAUUGAAAGUUGUCCAAGGCACACAGAUCAUGGAGAAUAUCCCCAUUGAGGAACUAGUCAGACAAAGCCAUCAAUUUAUCACUACCAUGAGACAUUUGAACACAGAAGUGAAAACUGAGCAACUUCCCGUAUCAGCCCUCGUGCGGCGCCCACUGUUAGCUCUGAGGUGGAACCUCCCCGAGCCAUCCAAUAUGAUCCGUCGAAUGCAGUUGAGAUUUUCUGUGAAUGCCGACUUUGAUACCGUAUUCAAUCAUCUCCGGGCUCUUGGUCUUAACAUGAAUGAUACACGUCCUUCCACCGCGUCUACUUUGAGACCUUCUUCAAGCACUGGCUUUACAACUUCGGCCUCGAAAACCCUCGACAACACUGUACGUCCUGCGACAUCAUCUUCUUCAAGUACUGCACCGAGGAUAUCUUCUCCUCUAGCUCGGAGCCAACUUUCUAGCACCAAUAUUGCUCAGCUUUCGACCGAGGAGUCUGUCACAAUUCCCCAGACCCUAAAGCAGAUUGAACCUUUCGUUCCCAGUUUCAAUCCUAUCGUGCCCCCCGAAUACUUCCAUCGACCGGAUUCAUCAGCAGGAGCUUCGGCACGCCCAUCCAGUGAGGGGUUUCAAACGCAAUCAGCAUUCUCAUUUGGCAGUGAGAUACAGGUGAAAUCGCCCUUCUCAUCGACAUUUGGAUCAGACACUCAACGCCCUAGAAGCCAAGACUCAUUGCCUCCCCGGCGUGAGCUUCCGUUCACUCGUUCUAUACCGAAGUCUUCAGGGAACGAUGUAGUGAAUCCUGGCACCAAUAGAGCUCGUCCAGGAAGCAACAGUUCGAACAUAUCUAUGGGUCCUCCACGCUUACCAUCUCCACCUCAGCCAAUUCAGCGCAGUCCUGCUUCCCUCAAAAGUUCGCAUGAGGUAACGGGACUUCUUGUUCCCACUUUCACGCCAGAAGCGUCGGAGCCGUCCCACCCAGCAUCAACUUCUAGUCGACCUUCAGCCAGACUACCAAAUCUACCUCCCCUACCAACACCAACAUUUGUCGAUGAAGCCGCUAUAGGAGGCCCCAGGAAGCGACCCUGCCCAUCGAGCCCACCGUCUAGUGCUUCGCGAGUUGAUCGUACCCAAACCUCCAGCAGUCGCAUACCAGAGGCUGAAAGUGCAAAUAACCUGAGCAGCACAGUCCCAGCAUCUACACCCUCGACAGGCACCAUACCACAAGACCGAGUUCUACAGGACAUCAGGAACGGAGGGAACGGAAACACCGAUACUGAUCUUGCAGCUUAUGUCGCACAGUCACACGACGAUAGGAGGGCAGCGCUUGAUGAGUUUUUCUUGAGCUGCAUCGAUGAUGACAGCUUUAUCACACUGGUUGAGGAUGUAUCAGUCUGUUGGAGUCGCCUCGCUCUCGGUCUACGGUAA